AUGUCUCGGGGUCUCUUGCUCGCCGUCAUUGCGGCGAUCAGCGUGUUUAGCGCUAUUAACCUUUCCGAUGCCGCUGCGACCUGCUCGGCCAUCGAGGACAACACCGACUACGCGGGCAACGACAUCGCCCAAACAACGCAAGCCUCUGCCUCGAAUUGCUGCACCGACUGUGGCAACACCCCAGGCUGCAAGGCGUUCUCGUGGGAGGCUGGCACAUGCUACCUGAAGAGCCAGCCGUCCAACAAGGUCUCCACCCCAGGCUCCCGCGCCGCCAUCGUCAACUUGCCGGCCGCGACGUGCUCUGCCAUCCAAGAAAACACCGACCUGCCAGGCAACGACAUUGGCGACCCCCUUCAGCUGCCCACCGUGGGACUGUGUUGUACUUUCUGCGCAAACACGAACGGCUGUCUCGCGUACGUGUGGGUCCUUCGAAAUAACGUCGGCACGUGCUUGCUCAAGAGUAGCAAGGGAACGCCCAGCUCAUACCAAGGCGCGCGGGCGGCCUACUUGGACUCGUCUAUCACGCCACCCCCCACUCCUUCCCCCCCGCCGUCAGGGACGUGCGGUGUCGUGGAGCGAGAUGUCGACUACCCCUUCAAUGACAUCAUCUCGACCCAACGAAGCAAUUACAACGACUGCUGUGCCGAUUGUCAAGCGACCCCCGGCUGCUCGCUGUACGUGUGGGGCUCCACGGAUGGAGGGACUUGUUUCCUGAAGAGCAAAAAAGGCGACCGCGUGUCCUCUCCAGGCGCCCGUACUGGUGACUUGACGGUCACUGGUCCUAUCACCCCGCUCCCCAACGUUCAAUCAGCCGUGUAUGGGACGAACCCGUUGCCCACGAUUGCGUACAACUACAUCAGUGCAGCUCAAUGGAUCGACCAGAGCAUCAUGACCGCCGUCAUCUCCCAAGUCGAGAGAUUUGAAGCUGCCAACUUGGCCAACAAUUUCUCGCACGCAACGGGACCGUUCCAAGUGUUUGCCCUCGAAUCCGUCAUAGACAUGAACGUGUACAUCAACGUCACAUCCCAAGGCGAAUGUGCCACGCUGACCGCCGCGUACGGAAACAACUUCUUCACGUACUGGCCGCAACAUUUGUACUGCUUGGUGCAUAUCAACUCGAUGGCAUCGUCGCUGCAGAUGCUCACGGCGUCUGGCGUAGCGAUUGUGUAUCCCCAGAACUCGGAUCCAGCAUUUGUCGCUUCCACGGUGGCCAAUGUGGCCACCAACGCGGACUGUGUCACAGCGUGUGCGACAAAGCGCAACUGUGCUGGCGUCGAGUACUCCAGUGCCAACCGCAACUGCGUCUUGUAUCAACCACGGGCGUCCACAUUUCCAGAUGUGUCUGCUGGCUGGGUGUACAACCCCAUCUCGAAUGUCGACAACGCUGGCGUUCAGUACUCCCAAAUGACCUUGGCUGCCCUCCCCAACGCCUAUAUCAAGGAAUCCAUCCCGGGCGUGGCCUCGCUCCAAGCCUGCGCCUCGUCCGCCAAGUCCAAGUCCUACACGCUGUUCGCCUUCAAUUCCGCUACCAGAGUGUGCGUCUACUAUGCUCCCACCCCCAGCCCAACCAAAGUCCUCAGUCUGGUCAACACCCCGCUAGUUGCUGUGGUAUUAUCUGGCACGUUUGGCGCUGACGUGGCAAGCGGGGCGAUGGCUGCUUCCACCGCGGCAGACUGCUACAAGUUGUGCGUGCCGUCGCAGAACUUGUGCUUUGCGUCAGUGUUCGACUCGGCGUCCAAUACGUGCACGUACGUGAAGCCGUCGUUCGAUGCUUCGUCGACUCUUGGCUGGAUCAUUCCCAAGACUUUGCCAGACUCGAUGGCCACGGUGUCGCAGGUGGACUUUUACGUCACGGCCCACCAAGACGACCACGAGCUAUUCAUGUCUGCGCCGAUUUACUACUCGAUCAAGUCGCGAACUACCAAGUCUGUGUUUGUGUACAUGUCUGCGGGGGAUGCUAGCCGAACUGACGGAUGGUGGCAGGCUCGCGAAACGGGAACGCUGGCCGCCUCCAAGACCUGGGUCAACAUCUUCGGCUUGUACUCCCCCGUGUCAGUGUCGUCGACGGUUCUCUUCAACGGCCACCACAUCCAGAAGAUUGUGAUUGGCAACACGGUGCAUUACUUUCUUCGACUGAGCGAGGCCAACCUGGAGCUCGUUCUCAACAAGAAUCAACAAAAAGCCCCGCUGGACCAACCGAAUGAACCGUACGCCAACGCCCAAGCAGUCAAGAACGUGUUGAAGUCCAUCAUCGUCGCAGAAGCCACCAAGGUAGCCAAGGUCACAGCCAGCUAUUCCAACUACCUCAUCGACCCAAGUGAAGAUCACGUGUUGCACGUGGCAACUGGUCGCGUCACGGCCGAGUUGCUCAAUGCGGACUCCCUCUUCAAGACAUGUGUAUCUCAAACUCCAUUCUUUGGCUACCAGUACUGGCUGGAUGCAGUCAACAUGAAGGACCCGGAGAAGAUCUCCCAGCGAGCGGUAUGGUUGGGGUUGGGCGUGGGUAUCUUCAACCAACACGGCGAUCAAACGUGGUCAGACCAUUCGCCUGCGUUGGGCCGUACUUACACUGGCAACGCCGUCAUCAAGACGGCUGCCUGUGCGUUUUAG